AUGAGCUUUUUUAUCGAUAAUUGUUGUUUAAAACUAAAUUAUCUUGUUUGUGGUUCAAAUGAAUCUUCAUCGGAAAAGAAAAAGAAAAAGUUCAAGUCUCGGCAACAAGGCAUUAUGAACCAUGUUAGUUCAAAUAGCAAAGUCAUUAAUCGUAGCGAACCAACGCCUAUCAGUCCAUAUCACCAACACUAUGUCAAUGUCGCAUCACCAUAUUACACGAUUCAACAACAGAACAGUAUAAGAAAAUCUUUUAAAUAUGAAAAUUCAAAUAUACAACAAACAAAUAAAUAUUCUCUUGAAUCAUCCUUGAAUUCUUUUGCUGAUCAUCGUUUAUCUCAACGAUCUUCAUCUAUAUUAAAUAAUGGAAUUAUAAUAAAAAAUAUAAUUCUUCGUCGAAAUCGUCCAAAUGAAAGAUUAGGUUUAACACUAUGCUAUGGUAUAACAUCGAAAUCAACAACUAAUAUUUAUAUUCAGCAAGUUGAUAAAGAGAGUAUCGCAGGUCAUCAGGGUGAACUUCGAAGCGGUGAUCAAAUUAUUAAAAUAAACAAUCAUCGUGUUACAAGUCGAGACGAAGCAAUCAAUCUUGUCAAUGGUGCUUGUCGUAUUCUUUUACAAAUCGUUCGAUUUGAAUUUUCAACACCAAAUUUUUCAACAAUUCCAUCAGAAAUACCAUUAACAGAAGAUGAUAGUGGUGUUAUACUUGCAUGUAACACAGAUUUUGAUACAACACAUGACUGGUUACAUCAAAAAUCUUCACAUGAAUGUUAUAAUCUAUUAAAAAGUUGUAUUAGUUUAUCUUCAACUGCCUUAAAUCAUUGUUCGAAUUGUCGACGUAAUCAAUCAUAUGCUCGUCAAUUUCAAUAUCGUCGGUGUUUAUCAUUAAAUGAUCUUAGACCAUGUUCAUUUUUUGAAGAAAAACUCAGUCAAUCAAAACAACUAGCACAUUCGCAAAGUAUUUUUGGAACAACAACCGAUAAUGAACAAGUUAUUCUUAAACCUCUUCCAUAUAAUCAUCAACAACAUAAACUAAUUGAAUGUCGAGAUAAUAGUGAUAGUGGUUUAGUAUGUGGUCGAUCUCGAUCAAAUGAUUCAUAUCGUUCUCGACAUCAUCCUCAUCAAAAUCAAUGGACACUUAAACAUUUUCGACGACGAUAUCGUGAACAACGUUUAAAAGAACAAUAUCAAACGACAGAUGAUGAACCAAUGAGUGAAUUAAAACAAGGACGUUAUUGGACACGACAACAACGAAAAGAACAUCUAGCUAAAGCUAAACAAUAUCGUGAACGUGCAAAAUUUUUUCAACAACAUUCAAUAACUCCAUUUUCCGAUUCAGCAACAGAAGAUUUUAAUUUAUUAAAUCGAAUAUUUCUUCGAGAAAAUCAUCAAGAAUUAAAUCAAAAACCUUAUUUAGCAUAUAAAUAUGAUCAACAAUCAUCAUUUGAAAGAAAAAAAUUAAAACGAAUGAUACAACAACAUUAUUUUAAACGAAUUAAAUCUCAAUCAACAACAACUGUAUCAAUUUCUAGUACUAUUGAUCAACCUUCAAUGGUUAUACUGUAG